AUGACAGCGCCUACUCCUGUGAAUACAAGGGAGGGGUUACCAUACCCAAUUACCGUAGACCAGUUAAUUGCUGAUGUCGGAGAUGAUAUCUCGAAGGGUGAUAGGCUCUUUGCAUAUAAAUUUUGGUAUAUUGUGGAAAUGGCAAAUUCUCCAGAUGAUAAUGAUUCAGCUGAAACAACAAAGAAAUCUGUAAGGGAGUCUAUUGAAUUUUUUGAGUCCCCUUUUGAAGGAAAACUUCAUUGUUGGAAUGUCGAGGUCGGUAUGGAAAUUGCAUCCCCAAAUCAAACCGUGUGUCAAAUUGUUAGACCUUGUAAUCAUGAUAUAGUGUACGGUGGCUUGUGUACAAUGUGUGGUAAGGAAGUUGAUGAAGCUGAACAACUAGCCAUUGGUGGUGCUAAUUUGGCUAUAUCACAUACAGAUCUUAAUUUGAAAAUUAGUAGGAAAGCAGCAAGUGAUAUAGGUCAUGAUAUUAAGAAAAGAUUAAGAAAUGAUAAAAAAUUAGUUUUAGUGGUAGAUUUAGAUCAAACUGUAAUUCAUUGUGGUGUAGAUCCAACAAUUGGUGAAUGGAAAAGAGAUCCAACAAAUCCAAAUUAUGAAACUUUAAAGGAUGUUAGAAUAUUUUCAUUGGAAGAAGAGCCAAUCGUACCAUUCAUGUAUAUGGGUCCAAAACCUCCAUUAAGAAAAUGUUGGUACUAUGUGAAAAUAAGACCUGGCUUAAAAGAAUUUUUCGCCAAAAUUGCACCUUUUUAUGAAAUGCAUAUAUAUACAAUGGCUACUAGAGCAUAUGCUUUAGAGAUAGCGAAAAUUAUUGAUCCAGAUCAUAGUUUAUUUGGAGAUCGAAUAUUAUCUCGUGACGAGAAUGGUUCAAUGACUCAAAAAUCUUUAGAAAGAUUAUUUCCUUCGGAUCAAUCCAUGGUAGUAAUAAUUGAUGAUAGAGGUGAUGUGUGGAAUUGGUCUCCGAAUUUGAUUAAAGUCACGCCUUAUAAUUUUUUCGUUGGUGUAGGUGAUAUUAACUCCAACUUUUUACCAAAACAACAGUCAACGAUGUUACAGAUGGGUAGACGGUCAAGAACAAAAGUAAAAGAAUCAGAUGAUUUAUUGACGGAUAUAAUAGAUACAGAGAAAAUAUUGAAGGAGAAAAUAGAUGAAGAAGUUAAAAGACAAGAAGAAGAAUUGAGCCACCAGGAAGGUCCAAGGAAUGAGGAGAAACAAUCGACAGAAACCAAAGAAGAAUGGACCAAAAAAUUAGAAUAUUCUGCAUCUUUGGAAGUGCAACAGAAAAAUAGACCUCUGGCAACAUUGCAAGAGCAUUUACAGAAUCAAAAGCUAUUAAUUGAUGAUGACGAUGAAUUGUUUCAUUUGAAAGAUACUUUAGUUAGAAUACAUAGUACAUUCUAUGAUAAAUUAGAAGAAAGCCCGAACAACGAUGCAAUGGUCGAUAUUAAAUAUAUUCUUCCUGAUAUGGAGAAAAAAGUCUUUGAUGGUUGUCAUUUUGUGUUUUCUGGUUUGAUCCCAUUGAACACAGAUGUACAAAAAGCAGAUAUUGUAAUAUGGACCAAUAAAUUUGGUGGUACUACAGAAAUUGAUAUAGAUGAAAACACAACACAUGUUGUAACAAAAACCCCUGGGACAUAUAAAGCCAGGUUAGCAAAAAGUUAUAACCCUAAGAUUGAAGUUGUACAUCCAGAUUGGAUAUUCGAAUCAUUGUCAUCAUGGAAACGUGUAGAUGAGGCUCCUUAUAGGUUAAUUGUUGAUCAACCUGUCUCCCCCGAAGAUGUUGAGCAAUUUAAGGAAAAAUUGGAAAGGCUAAGAAGAGAACGGGAAGUUCAACAUACUGCAAAGGAUGAAGAGGAGUAUGAUGAAUUUGCAGAAGAUUCAAAACCACCCAACCCUGCUGACCUGUUUGCCAAUGGGGAUUCGUGGUUGAAUGACGAAGAUGAAGAAAUCCCUUCUGAUGAAGAUGAUGACGACGAAAAUGAAAAUAAAUCAGAGACUACUUCAGAGAUUAGGGGUAACAAGAGAGCUGUUCCUGAAGAUGGAGAUGACGCUGCUGCUACCAAGAAACCUCAUGUAGUUGAUGCUGAAGAUGAAGUAAGUGACAGUGACUCCGAUAUGGAUGAAGAGCUCCUCAACAUGUUAGAUAGCUGA